UAAAAGUGUUAUACUUCUUCUUACUCAGUCUGUGGUGUUUGCAUACGUUUCUGCAAGUUCAAUAAAAUUUCCCUAUACUUUUCUACAAGAAACAAGUGCUACUGGUGUUUUAAGUAAUAAUUGUGCUGGAAACCACACUAUGUUAAAUUGUGUUUUUUUUUCACAGAAAUUUGCCUUCAUUAUUGUGUUUGUCGGUGUAUAGUUUUCAAAGUGAGUUCUUGUGUAAGUGAAUUGACGCAAUUGACGUAGUGAGUGAGCAGCUGAGUUCUUUGUAUUUGGAUGUGAUUUAUUUGCUGUUGCCUGUAAUAGGAAAUCAAUUAUUCACAAUGUUUGUCGCACACUGCCAAGUCCCCGGUGGAUCGUCAGCCACUUGUGUAGUGGCUGUCAUCUGCAACCGAAGUGAUUGCUGCCAAAGUGAAAUAUGCAACACCAAAGAACGUGAGCCGAUAGCUAAUCAUAUAAUAAACAAAAACAACAAGAAAAAGUUAGUGCAAAUAGUGUUUAAUACCAAAAACGAACAGCAAAAUGUUGGACAGUGCAAAGGAAACAAAAACAAUGUUGACCACAUACGAUGCAGCAGUGUUGGCUACGGCCAAGCCUGCUAUUGAAGAUGCAAAUAAAAGUGCAUUAAUUACAACAAACUCAACCACACCAAAUUCAUCGCCAUCAAAAGCAAAGACACUUUUUAGUUGGUUUCGCGGUGGCAACGCAAAACAAGCAAAUAAAGCCGAGACAACGCAAAGCGAACAAAAGCACACAGAGAGUAGUGCCGUUGAAGGGAGUGGAGUCCAUACGGGGAGUCGUGCCAAGUCAUUAUCGCCACAGACACCGACGCCGACGAGCGCGGCGGCGGAACGCGACGUAACACUACGCGAAUUUCGUGGCGUCCAAAGUUUGCGACACUUGUGGAAUAAACGCAUUAGCGCUAGUGAGGACGCAACGCGGCGACAAAACUCACUAAGUGACAGCAAAGCAAACAAAUUAACAAAAUCCAUUGGCUGUUUGGUCAACGCAGCCAAAGCGACAACAGGGUCUGCUGCGAGUGCUGACGAGGGCGUUGCCUUGAGCAAAAAACGCGCGCACAGCCUACACGAUUGCACGCAGGUUGGCGUUGAUAGUGAAGCUGAAGCGCUAACAGUAGCGACGCACGAGUCCGAACUACACUAUUUACAUCGGGAGAAGGACAACUUUUAUAAGUACAAAACGGCCGAGCAAGCAGCAAAACAUUUGACGCGCGAGGCGCGCAUGCGUAUCAGGAGUGCGCGCCGCGUCACCGCCGGCAUCGUCAGCAGCGAGACGCGCGACGACGAUGCGCACUUUCCAGCGGUGCAGGCGAGUGACCGCGGCGAGCGCAUACAUUGGCUAAAAAGGCAAGACAUGGUAAAGAAGCGUCGUGAAAAUUCAGAAAUGGCAACUGUAAAUAGCCGUAUUAGCCAUGAAAAAGCCACAACGUUAUCAAAUGACGCAAUUGUUAUCGGUGAAAGAGCAAACACCGCAACGCGCGUCACAACAACAAAUGAUAUGGAGCCAACAACACCGACCACCCCGCUCGAAUGGCGCGACCACCCUGCCGAGUCUUCCGAUACCGAUACGCUUGCUGCCAACAGUUCACCUCGUCUUUCAGCCAGUCGUAAGCGGUACGCGCAACGUGAAACAGCGAGUACGUCGGUGGCGAAACGCAGUAGCAGCGAUUCGAAUAAAUCAGGCUCGCUUACGUUAUCAACGUCGGGUUCGGUAGCUAGUGGCGCGACUACAGGGGGGCGCAGCGCGCGUCGUACCGCCUCCACUUCAUCGUCCUCAGCAUCCGCGCGAAAAUACAGUUUUAAAACACACACGCGCACAUAUCAUGCGCCGCGAAAGAUGAGUCAACGCGAUAGCUUCAAUAAUGGCAGCGGCAGUGGUAGUGCGGCCACUUUGGUGCCGGGGGGUGGCAAUAUAGUUGCCAAGCUGACACAACAAUUCAAUGAAAUGAUACAAAAAGAUAAGAAGCUGCUGGAAGAGGUGAAGCGCAAGAACGGUGUGCUCAUGUCACGUGGCGGACACGUUUACAAAGUGGUACAGAAUCCUAACACCACAUUGGACACUAACAAACGUAUUUUGCCCAGCGCCGCGCGGAGUGCACGCGAAUCAGGAUCACCCUUACGUCCUUCAACUGUGCAGCGCAACAUAAUGAAAUUCGAAGGUAAUCCCGAGGCCGUUAAGCCUGUGGUCCCAGCGAAAAGUGCGCAUGUACUACAAAAGCUGCGCGAACUCAACAGAGCGCAACAGUAUAGUCUGAAUAACAAUGGCGGUAGUGCCGGUGUACCAAAGAACUUAAAGCUUCAUGUCACCCCCACAACAACAAAUGAGUUGCAGCUGAAACUCGAAAUGAAGAAAGCGCAAUUAACGUUGCCGCUCUCGCCGCCAUUAGAAGUCGUAACCGAAGAGUCGAAAACACCGCUAGAAGCAUAUGAAAAAUCAAACUGGAACAGCCCGUUGGGCAUGACACAGGUAAACGUGUCCAUCGCAAAAAAUGUGGAAAGCACGUACGCUACAAAUAACAGUAACAACGGCAGCAUUGAUGACGCAAAAACACUUAAUGAAGUCGAGCAGCGACAAGGCGAUGAUCUACAGCAAAGCGUUAACAGUACGAAUGCAUUUGAUGAAUGUCUGGAUGGUCUCAGUAACAGCACUGCGCAAGAGAUGAGAAUAUCCAAUAGUAAUGAUGUAAGAACCGAUGCGAACACACUUACAGCUAGCAAUAAAGACAUUGCUAUGGAAUGCAAUACGAUUUGCAUUAAGGCGAUGCCGGCAGAGGACGCAAUUGAACCCGUUGCAAUUGAUGCAAUAACGGAGGCCACCAUAAAAGCUGAGCUUAGCAUUCCCACGACUGAUGUGACACUGAAAACGCCAUUAGCUGCCGUUGAUAGCAGCAAAGCAACUGUCACAAUUACAACACCAACGUCGAGCGAAAGCCAACAAUGGCGGAGAUAA